AAACACACCCUAAAUAACUAAGACCAAAUUCUUUAUAAAAAGGAGUUCAGCUUCAUGGAAGCAUAACAAACAAUAACACUUCAGAGCUCUCUUUAAAAGAAAAGUAAAGGAAAUAUGGGUUCUGAAAAUAUCAAGCUUCCAAAUAUAGACUUUUCUCAUCAAGACCUAAAUCCAGGCACACUUGUAUGGAACCAAGUGAAAAGCCAAGUCCGCCGAGCACUAGUAGAAUAUGGUUGUUUUGAAGCAUCGUUUGCUAAAAUUCCUAUACACCUUCGAAAAUCCAUUUUUGAAUCCUUACAAGAGCUUUUUGAUCUCCCUUUACAAACAAAAAUAAGAAACAUUUCAACAAAACCCUACCAUGGCUACGUUGGACAGUAUCCUCAAGUUCCACUCUAUGAAAGUAUGGGCAUUGAUGAUGCUAAUAUCCCAGAUAAAGCUGAAAAAUUCACUCAAAUUCUCUGGCCCCAAGGAAAUCAUACUUUUUGUAAAACUAUUCAGUCAUACUCAGAGCAACUAUCAGAGUUGGACCAGACAAUAAGGAGGAUGAUUCUGGAGAGCUUAGGCGUUGCAAACUACAUGGAUGAGCAUAUGAAUUCGACCAACUACCUUCUUCGAGUUAUGAAGUAUAAAGGGCCUCAAAGCAGUGAAACAAAAUUAGGACUAAAUGCUCACACGGACAAGAACAUUGUUACCAUACUAUACCAAAAUCAAGUAAAUGGUCUUGAAGUUUUGACCAAAGAUGGGCAGUGGAUCAAUGUUGACCCUACACCAGACACUUUCACUGUCAUGAUUGGAGAUUCUCUUAACGCAUGGGCAAAUGGCCGGCUGCAUUCACCAUAUCAUAGAGUGAUGAUGACAGGAAAUGAAGCAAGAUACUCAGUUGGUUUGUUUUCAAUACCUAAAGCUGGAUACAUGAUAAAAGCACCAGAAGAACUGGUGGAUGAAGAGCAUCCUUUACUCUUUAAGCCAUUUGAUCAUGUUGAAUUCCUAGCUUUCUACUACACUGAAGAAGGCCAAAGAUGUAAAUCUGCUCUAAAGACCUAUUGUGGUGUCUGAAUUCAAUUUCCUUGAUUAUGUUGUGAGGAGAAUAAAUUUUAUUAUAUAUGCUCCUUAAGUACUUGCUUGUGUUUUUAUUUAUUGGUCUGAGUAAUAAUAUUGUUGUUAGACCGACUCAGAUAACCAGAUUAAUAAUAAGUUUUGUCGCUUUUAUAACUCUGCAGA